UUUUUACCAUCACUCCAAACGGCUGCAGUCCGCAGCGAAUUUUGUGAAACACAAACGCUACCUUAUCUUAACCCCCACCUUCUUCAACUUCUAAGUAUCAAACAAAAACCCAAUCCGAAUUCUCUGCUCUCAAAAAUCUAACCACCCACUUUCAAAACCCAAAACCCUAAUCAAUCUCUCGCUUGCGGUUUCUGGGUAAUCGAAAGGCGAAAGCUUUUAGCCAUGGAGCCAAAUGUUGCUGCGUCAGGGACUGCGUCACAACUGUCGAACUCAUCAGGUCAUAAUGGUGGGCAUGAAAAUGGGGGUUUUGCCAGUGGUGGAGAGGAGUUCGAGGCGGCGAAGAGGCCGACUGUUAUGGGACCGGCUGGGGAGAAGACAAUUGGAGGGGGAGAUAAAGGUGUCCCUUUUUUUGAUUCAUCGGAAUUUUUGAUGUCUAAGGUUGUUUUGCCGACGGAGAAUGUGUCGGCUAAUGUUGACGAUGACGAUGAAAUUUUAGAGAAGGUUAGGGUUUUGAAAGAGGAAUCAUUUGGGGGUGGUGGUGAGUCUCUACAGGGGAGUGGAGGUGAAGCUUUAGUUGAUAAGCUUGAGGGAGAAAGGGGUGACUUGAACUGGGAGGGGAAGGAAAAUUUGGGUGAGUUUAAGGUGGCGAAGCUGGAUAUGAAAGUUACUGAAUCUGAACUGAAUGGUGGAAAGAGUGUUGAAGAGGAGAAAAGUGAGGUUUCUAAUGACAAAAAAUUUGCUGAAGCUGAAGCUGAACCAAAAGAAAGUAGAGAGGCAGGUUUUGUGGGAGACAGAAAUGUUGACCAUUUAGUUCAGGGCAACAUUGAAACCACAAUGGUGGAGACUAGUGAACGCAAAGUUGAUGUUGAUGCUGAAGAAAAGGGUAAUUCUGAGACUGCGAAUUUUAUUGUUGAUGGAAUGACACCAGAUGAGCAGGAUGACAAGAAGUUUGGGAGUGCCGGUAACAAGGAGAAGCCAUUUACUGGAAUAGGUGCAAAUGAGUCUAAUGUUGAGGCGUUUGCUUCUCCAAACAAACUGUCUGACGUGAAUGUAAAUGCAGCAGAUGCAACUCAAAAUGUAAGCCUGGAUACUGAAUCCACACAAACAACUGCAGUUCAUGAAUCAGUGAAUUUAGUCACUGACUCUCAGAGCAGAGGAUUAGCCGACAGGUUGUUAGAUGAGUCUGGUCCUUCCAAGUCUGCAGAAUUGAGUAAAGUUUCUAAAACAGAAAUUGAUUCAGAGGCUGAAGACGAAGAAGGUGAGAUUGAUGGCUCCGUUACAGAUGGGGAACCUGAUGACAUGAUCCUUGAGAGCUCUAAAGCUGCCAAAAGGUUCUUGGAGGAGUUGAAACAGAGCUCUGGUGCUGGUUCUCACUCUUUUGCUGAGGGUUCUAAUGGUCAUUCCCUGAGAAUUGAUGGCCAGGUUGUUACUGACUCAGAUGAAGAAGUAGACACUGAUGAGGAAGGGGAUGGAAAGAAGUUAUUUGAUCCUGCUGCUUUGGCAGCCCUUUUGAAGGCAGCAACAGGUGCUGACUCUGAUGGUGGUGGCAUUACCAUAACGUCCCAAGAUGGAUCCAGGCUUUUCUCUGUUGAACGUCCUGCUGGUUUGGGAUCCUCACUUGGUAAUAUGAAACCUGCCUCACGGUCAAACCGUCCCAACUUGUUCACUUCUACCACCCCCAUGACUGUUAGAGACUCUGAGGUCAGUUUGAGUGAAGAAGAGAAAAAGAAGCUGGAAAAGUUGCAGCAGAUAAGAGUGAAAUUCUUGAGGCUUGUUCAGAGGCUUGGGCAUUCUCUUGAAGAUCAAAUAGUGGCACAGGUUCUCUAUCGAUUGGCACUUGUUGCAGGGAAGCCAAACAGUCAGAUGUUUAGCCUUGAUUCUGCAAAGAAUACAGCUCUGCAGCUUGAAGCAGAAGGAAAAGAUGAUUUAAACUUUUCCUUAAACAUACUGGUUCUUGGUAAAACUGGGGUGGGAAAGAGCGCUACAAUUAAUUCAUUGUUUGGUGAGGAGAAGGCCUCAACCCACGCAUUUGAGCCUGCCACUACUGCUGUGAAGGAGGUAACUGGAAUAGUAGAUGGGGUUAAGAUUACAGUCAUUGAUACCCCGGGUCUGAAAUCUUCAGCUAUGGAACAACGUGAUAACCGCCAGGUCCUAGCUUCUAUAAAGAAUUUAACAAAGAGUUGCCCUCCUGAUAUUGUGCUCUAUGUUGAUCGCCUGGAUACGCAAACCAGGGAUCUUAAUGACCGUCCAUUGUUAAGAUCUAUCACCAGUUCCCUUGGUUCUUCUAUAUGGCGAAAUGCAAUAGUCACACUGACCCAUGCUGCAUCUGCACCUCCAGAUGGACCAUCUGGCUCGCCCUUGAGUUAUGAGAUUUUUGUUGGCCAGCGUUCACAUGUUGUUCAGCAGUCUAUUGGCCAUGCUGUAGGCGAUCUGCGUCUGAUGAAUCCAAGUUUGAUGAAUCCAGUUUCUCUUGUUGAAAACCAUCCUUCCUGUCGAAGGAAUAGAGAUGGCCAUAAGGUGCUUCCCAAUGGUCAGAGUUGGAGACCUCAGUUGUUGCUGUUAUGUUUCUCCAUAAAGAUCUUAUCUGAGGCUAGCUCCCUCUCAAAACCUCAAGAACCUAUAGACCAUCGGAAGCUCUUUGGUUUCCGUGUCCGCUCACCUCCUCUUCCAUAUUUGUUAUCUUGGUUAUUGCAGUCUCGGUCUCACCCAAAACUCUCGACUGAUCAUGGUGGUGACAAUGGUGACUCUGAUAUUGACAUGGCAGAUUUGUCUGAUUCUGAUCAAGAAGAAGAUGAAGAUGAAUAUGACCAACUUCCACCUUUCAGGCCUCUUAACAAAGCUCAACUUGCUAAGCUUAGUAAGGAACAAAGGAAGGCAUAUCUUGAAGAGUAUGACUAUCGUGUAAAGCUCCUGCAGAAAAAGCAAUGGAGAGAGGAGAUAAGGAGAAUGAGAGAGAUGAAGAAAAAAGGAAAGCCUGUGGCAGGUGAAUAUGGUGAUAUGGGGGAAGCUGCUGAUCAAGAAGAUGGAGGUCCAGCCUCUGUGCCAGUUCCAUUGCCUGAUAUGAUCCUUCCUCCUUCCUUUGAUGCCGAUAAUCCAGCUUAUAGGUACCGGUUCUUGGAGCCAACUUCCCAGUUCCUGGCGAGGCCUGUUUUGGACACUCAUGGUUGGGACCAUGAUUGUGGAUAUGAUGGUGUUAACCUUGAACAUAGUCUGGCAAUUUUGAACCGGUUACCAGCAGCAAUUGCUCUUCAACUCACAAAGGACAAGAAAGAGUUUAAUAUCCAUUUGGACUCUUCAGUUUCUGCCAAGCAUGGAGAGAAUGGAUCAACCAUGGCAGGUUUUGACAUCCAAAAUGUGGGGAAGCAAUUGGCUUACAUCCUGAGAGGGGAGACAAAAUUCAAGAAUUUCAGAAAGAACAAAACAGCAGCUGGGUUUUCUGUUACAUUCUUGGGUGAGAAUGUUGCGACUGGAUUGAAACUAGAGGAUCAGAUUGCAGUAGGAAAGCGCUUUCUGUUGGUGGGCAGCACUGGAACUGUUAGAUCCCAGGGUGAUUCAGCAUAUGGAGCCAAUCUGGAAGUGCGGCUCAGGGAUGCAGAUUUUCCAAUUGGCCAGGACCAAUCCUCGUUGGGCUUGUCUCUAGUAAAAUGGAGAGGGGACUUGGCACUUGGUGCAAACCUUCAAUCUCAGUUCUCCAUUGGACGGGGUUCAAAGGUGGCUAUUCGAGCAGGACUGAAUAACAAGAUGAGUGGACAGAUCACAGUUCGAACAAGUAGCUCAGACCAGCUUCAAAUUGCUCUUGUGGCUCUACUUCCCAUUGCAAAGGCAAUUUACAAAAGCAUCCGACCUGGAGUUAGUGACAACUAUUCUAUGUACUAGUUCCCUUCAGCUCUCUGUCUCUCUCUAGGUAGGCUGCCAGUGGUAUGCAUUUUAAGUUUUGCAUUUGCUUGAAUAAUUCUUAAAUUUAUGUCAUGUAAUAGAACUGCUGCUUCUGUUGAGAUUAUUCAUGCUUAUUGACUUAUUGCCCGAUGAGAUGUGUUAAAGUAUCCAUUUUGCAAUUUUGGUUGAUGUUAUUGUUAUGCUGCAAUAUAUCAGUGUUUUGGCCAUUUGUUUGAGUUAAAUCCUCGCUUUUUUGUUAUGAGCUAUUUUAUUUUGCCUGCCAUGUUAAAAGUCAUUUUUAGCUGAGCAUAUGUCUCUACAAUGGGUAAUGUAAUAGUUUACCUUUCAUCAUUAUUUUGUAUACAUAGUUCAUUUAUGCCAUGAAGAAAAAAAAAUAUUUGAUGCAGGCCCUGGAUUUAUUCCCCUUCGUCUUGGAAGUCCAUGACUCCAAGGGAUGUGCCUGUUUAUGGCUGUAUUCAUCGUUCUGGGGAGUUUGUGUUGGUUUUUCCAGGAGCAUAUCAUUCUGCUGGGUUUAAUUCAAUUGUGUUGGAGCAGUAAAUUUUGCUCCUCUCGAUUGAUUACCUUAUUGUCAGAACGCUAUGACCUCUCUCAUAAAGUUUUGAAUUUGUGUAGAUUGAUUACCAUUUGAAUUUCCACAAAUUUAAUUUUGUA